GGCAAGAGAGUUCAUUCAAAAAACGUUAGAAAAAAAGGUAAAACAAAGGAAAUGACGCUAUUUGAAUGUUUGAUAUUACAGACGCGGCGGAUUGCAGUAGCAGUGAAUCAGCAGAUAUACCUGUCAACAUAAUUAGCGAAACGCCAGUCGUUGUCCAUAAACGAUACGUCUCUUCUGCUGGACGCCUUGACGCACCAUCGUGCGCCAAGAUGCCUAAAAUUCACAACACCCGGAGCCGCAACAACAUAUUUCGUCGCUUGAGUAGCAGCACAGAGCGUUCAGCCUCGUCUUCCUCAUUGGUAUCAUUAUUAUCUUCUUCAUCAUCUACAUCGUCGCACCAAACAAUGAAAUACCACCAAAUGCUUGAAGUAUUUGACGAUAGCUCUAGCACGCGUAGCGGAAGUACGAACACGAGGAAUUCAAGUAGCGACGGUCGGCAAUCCGACUAUGAAGAAUUGUCAUCUGAUAAUAGAUUAUUUACGCGAAGAGACAUUGUAACUCUAUGUUUAGAUACUGAGAUGAAGGAGGUGCGAGUACAAUUGUAUGAUAUCAUGCGCAUUGAGAAGUAUCGAAAAUUACUGGCACCAACGCUCGUCACGUCCAACAAGAAGAAGAUGAAAGAUUGUGAAGUGGAGAAGAUUCUACAAAAACGAGAACAUAGGGGACAAAUACACUAUCUAAUCAAGUGGAAAAACUGGGAUGUCAAUCACAACUCAUGGGAACCGUCGCAGAACCUCGACUGCGAUGAACUGAUAUUUAAAUUUGAGAAGGAGCGGGAAGAGUUGAUCACUCAAUUCAAGACAAAGAUGAAGUUCGAUCCGCAGGAUUUUCAUGUUCAUAUUUUUCUGGCGCAACAUUAUGAAACCAAUAAUAAAACAAUCAUCGACGCUAUAAACGAUGCCACUAUUGCCAUCGCUGGGGAUAGUACAUACACCGCAAUUCGAUAUUACUUAAAUCAAAACAAGCACGAUAUCGGUUUGGAGGAAAAUAUUAAAGAGAAGAUAUUGUUCAUGCUGCUGCUUGAGCUGCGGUGUGAACAACUCAAAUCCUUAGAGGAGUGGCAGACCAAAAUGAAUGAAAUUACGGAGGGCAAGCCGAUGAUAAAAGUGGAGAACUUGGUGGAUCUGCAGAAUCUACCGCGAGACUUCUGUUAUAUCGACGAAUAUUUGUCAGGUCCAGGUGUUGAUAUACCGGAUAAUCCACCAAUCGGUUGCAAGUGCAAAGGCACGUGCGGGACCAGUAAGAAGUCUGAUUGCUGUUUUGCGCAGAACAACGACAUAGUCAAGUCGUUGCCAUACACGUCGGCGCGCCGACUACGCCUAAAGGAAGGUAAUCCUAUUUACGAAUGUAACGAGCUUUGCGCAUGCGACGAGACUUGUCCGAAUCGGGUGGUACAAUUAGGUACCGAAGCACAACUGUGCAUCUUCCGUACGGACAAUGAACGUGGCUGGGGUGUGCGCACUCUGCGCGCGAUCAAGAAAGGCACCUUCGUGAUCAAAUAUGUGGGUGAGGUGAUUACUACGCAGGAAGUAAAAGAGAAACGUGGUAGAGAUUUCAAGAGGACUGGUUGUUCAUAUCUCUUUGACCUCGACUACAACCGACAGCCGUCCCCGUACACCGUAGACGCUAUUACGCAUGGAAACGUUUCACACUUUAUUAAUCAUUCUUGCGAUCCCAAUCUCGCGGUCUGGCCAGUUUGGAUCAAUUGUCUGGAACCGGAUCUGCCGAAUCUCGCGCUAUUUGCUACGAAGGAUAUUAAGCAGAAUGAAGAACUUACAUUCAAUUAUGGUAAUAAGAAGCCGCGCAAAAAUGCGUUGAAAAAUGGAGUUGUCUGUAAGUGUGGUACUGCAAAAUGCCGGAAGUUUGUGUUUUAAGGAGUAUGCUUGUCGUGUAACUUUCGUAAGCGUCAAUUGAUGAUCUUAGUUUCUUCUUUUUUUUUUUCUGUAUACAAAAUUACUGGCAUUAGUGACAACUAUAAUUUGGAAAGGAUUUGGAAAGGAAGAAUAUACUCAGGACUAACUGAGAUGAGAAUAGU